GCAUGUGUUGCUCCGUGCUGCAGCAACGUGCAUCAGUUCCUCUUUGACCCCAGAGUUAAUCUGCAUUCAGACUGGGCACCAAUGUAUUUGUCAAUUGCUGGAUUUUAUAUUAUUCGGGGGCUUCAGUGCCCAUUUAGUUUAAUUGGAUGAUAAAAUCUGAAAGUCGUUUUUGUCAGUAAUAGCGAUAUUGUGUCAUUUUCCUCAGUACCACCGCAGGUCUACAUUUUCCAAAGCGAAUGCUAACGGGACCCGCUAUGCUAUGUGCGUAUCGUAGGGAGGAUACAGAGUAAAUAGAGAGACACGUCGGUCUGCAAUAAAGAAGAAAAGAAGAUGGUGAUCACUGCUUCUCUAAAUUUAGCAUAUAUAUGCUCGACAGUGAUGGCGAAGCCUUCGUUCCCUGUUAAACUCUUUCUUUGGGUGAUUUUACUCGCCAAUCUCCCUACAAGCUCCUUCCAAACCGAAAACGAUGACGACGAGGUGGCGAACAAAACGUGGGUGUUGACUCCUAAAGUGUACGAGAGUGACGUCACCCACAUCCUAAACAGCCUACUGGACGGCUACGACAACAAACUGCGACCAGACAUAGGCGUCAAACCAACAGUGAUCCACACAGACAUGUUUGUGAACAGCAUUGGGCCUGUAAAUGCCAUCAACAUGGAGUACACCAUUGACAUCUUCUUUGCGCAGACCUGGUAUGACCGGAGGUUGAAGUUCAACAGCACCAUGAAGGUGCUGCGCCUCAACAGCAACAUGGUGGGCAAGAUCUGGAUCCCAGACACGUUCUUCCGCAAUUCCAAGAAAGCAGACGCACACUGGAUCACCACACCCAACCGCAUGCUGCGCAUCUGGAAUGAUGGACGGAUAUUAUACACACUGAGGUUGACUAUUGAUGCCGAGUGCCAGCUUAAACUGAAUAACUUUCCAAUGGAUGAGCACUCCUGUCCCCUGGAGUUUUCAAGCUACGGCUAUCCCAAGGAGGAGAUCAUCUACAAGUGGAAGAGGAGCUCUGUGGAGGUCGGGGACAUCCGCUCCUGGAGGCUCUACCAGUUCUCCUUCGUCGGCCUGAGGAACACAUCUGAGGUCGUGAGGACUGUGUCAGGAGACUACGUGGUGCUGACGGUAUUCUUUGACCUGAGCAGGAGGAUGGGCUACUUCACCAUCCAGACCUACAUCCCCUGCACCCUCAUUGUUGUCCUCUCCUGGGUCUCCUUCUGGAUCAACAAGGACGCCGUGCCCGCUAGGACUUCCUUAGGCAUCACCACGGUGCUGACUAUGACCACCCUCAGUACCAUUGCCAGGAAGUCCCUGCCGAAGGUGUCCUACGUAACCGCCAUGGAUCUCUUUGUCUCCGUGUGUUUCAUCUUUGUCUUCGCCGCCCUGAUAGAGUACGGCACGCUGCACUACUUUGUGAGCAACAGGAAGCCCAGCAAAAACAAGGACAAGAAGAAGAAAAACCCGACCCCGACGGUGGACAUCCGUCCUCGCUCGGCCACGGCCAUCCAGAUGAACAACGCCACACACAUGCAGGAGGGCGACGAGGAGUACGGCUACGAAUGCCUGGACGGCAAGGACUGCACCAGCUUCUUCUGCUGUUUCGAGGACUGCCGUUCCGGGGCGUGGCGACACGGGCGGUUGCACAUCCGCGUGGCCAAGAUAGACUCGUACGCACGCAUCUUCUUCCCCACCGCGUUCGGUCUCUUCAACCUGGUAUACUGGGUGUCCUAUCUCUAUCUUUAGGUCCAGGUGUGUAGCCAGCCUUAGAACAUACCAUACAUACAUACACUUUGCUCCAGCAAGACAGUUCAUGAGAAAAAGGGGGGGGGGCCACUGAGUUUUUGUCCGUUCUUUCU